GUUUCACCAGAAACUGGAAUCGGGGGAGGAGGAGGAGGAGGCAGCUAAACUUUCCGCGCACCCGGAGGAAGCCGGGCGGGAUCUACGGCGGCUCCACCCCGCUCACCUGCACAGGUCUCCAGCCCCGUCGGCACCCGGAGGCCCGCACUGUGAAGGUGACCCCCGCCCUGGGGAGGAGGGCGACGGCCCCCGGGGGCACGAUGGCGCGCCGCGGCCUGGCGCGGGCCGGCAUCUCGACGGUCGGCGUGUGGCUCCUGUGCGCGCUUGGUCUCCGGGGCACUGAGACCGGGGUGCCGUCUGCACCCCCUGAGUUUCCCGGGGGAGCCGCCUGCUUGAGCCGCUUUACCAGCGGGGUGCCGUCUUUUGUGCUCGACACGGAAGCUUCGGUCAGCAACGGGGCCACCUUCCUGGGCUCCCCGACCGUGCGCCGCGGCUGGGACUGCGUGCGUGCCUGCUGUACUACCCAGAACUGCAACCUGGCGCUGGUGGAGCUGCAGCCGGACGGCGGCGAGGACGCCAUCUCCGCCUGCUUCCUCAUGAACUGCCUGUACGAGCACAACUUCGUGUGCAAGUUCGCUCCGAAGGCGGGCUUCAUCAACUAUCUUACCCAGGACCUUUACCGCUCCUACCUCGAGCUGCGGACCCGAGGCUUUGGAGGGUCCCAGAUCCCUCGAACCUGGGUGGGCAUAGACUUGAAGGUACAGCGGCAGCAACCCCUGGUGCUGAGAGAUGGAGACAACACAGACUGGCACCUGCUGCAAGGUGACAAAGAUGCCAGAGUAGAGAGAAAGCAUCCGGAUGAAGUGGAGCUGUGGGGACUGAAGGAAGGAACCUACAUGUUCCAGCUGACAAGAACCGACCAGCCAGAGGACACAGCCAAUCUGACCAUCACCGUGCUAACUGCCAAGCAGACAGAAGAUUACUGCCUCGCAUCCUACAAGGUGGGCCGCUGCCGGGGUUCCUUCCCACGCUGGUACUACGACCCCAAGGAACAGAUCUGCAAGAGUUUCACUUACGGAGGCUGCCUGGGCAACAAAAACAACUACCUGCGGGAAGAGGAGUGCAUGCUGGCCUGCAAGGAUGUCCAGGGAAUCUCACCUAAAAGGCAUCAUCCAGUGUGCUCCGGAAGCUGCCAUUCCACCCAGUUCCGCUGCAGCAAUGGCUGCUGUAUCGAUGGCUUCCUGGAGUGUGAUGACACCCCAGACUGCCCUGAUGGCUCCGAUGAGGCCACCUGUGAAAAAUACACCAGUGGCUUCGAUGAGCUUCAGAGUAUCCACUUCCUCAGUGACAAAGGGUACUGUGCGGAACUGCCAGACACUGGGCUCUGCAAGGAGAACAUCCCACGCUGGUAUUACAACCCAUUCAGUGAGCGCUGUGCCCGCUUCACCUAUGGCGGUUGCUACGGCAACAAGAACAACUUUGAGGAGGAACAGCAGUGCCUUGAGUCCUGUCGAGGCGUCUCCAAGAAGGAUGUGUUUGGUCUUCGGAGGGAGAGCUCCGCCCCCAGCGUAGGCUCUGUGGAGGUGGCCAUUGCUGUGCUCCUGGUCAUUUGCAUCAUAGUGGUCGUGGCCAUCCUCAGCUACUGUUUCUUGAAGAACCAGAGAAAGGACUUCCGAAGUCACUACCAACCGCCCACCCCAGCCAGUUCCACCGUUUCCACCACCGAGGACACGGAACACCUGGUCUAUAAUCACACCACCCGGCCCCUCUGAGCCCGGGACUCGCCAGUCUCACCAGGUCCCCCUUGCAGAGACAGAGGCUAGAACCUGGGACCAGACUCUCCUGCCUCCCUCUCGGGCAUACUUUGUCUCAGAAGCCACAUCUCUGGGCCUCUCGGAGGAGCCUCAGCUGCACUCAGGCCAGUUCUGGAAAAGGCCCAAGAGCCUGGGAGGUGCAGAGCAGCCUUGAGCCAGGAGUGCUGUACAUAGAAGGACCUGCUUGCCCAGGAGCCAGAGGAAGUUGGCACUUGGUGUCCUGUUCAGAGCUGCCUGUCCUCAUCCAAUGAUGCUAGGCCCUAGAGUGGUGUCAGAGGCCGCUGGCUGACACUCUCCACAGCUGUCCUUCGGCUUUGCACAGUCCAACACUGAAGGAUGUUUCGUUAUAGUUCCUGCUGUAAAUAAUUGCUCAGGGGGACCAGGGCCAUAGCUCAGUGGUAAAGCAUGUGUGACCCCUGAGUGCUCUAUACAGCACCACAAAAAAUGAGAUUAAAGGAAAAAAUAUAAA